GGCGGUAGCGGCGGGAGUGGAGGCGCGGUGCGCUCGGGGCCGAGAGGGCGACGCGGCCUAGAGCGGCGGACGGCGCAGCGGGCCGAGGAGGAGGCGCGGCAGCCGCCCUGGCCCGUCAUGGAGAUGGAGAAGGAGUUCGAGCAGAUCGACAAGGCCGGGAGCUGGGCGGCCAUUUACCAGGUGGAACACAUGCUCCAAUGGAUUGCUGAGAAAAAAGAGCAUGGGUGGUAAAGGUUUUGAGACCUUGCAUGUCUGGAAAUGUUUUCAUUGUCCCCUCUCACUUGAUGAUCGUUGGGCUGGAUAUAGGAUUCCAGGACAUCCGACACGAAGCCAGUGACUUCCCAUGUAGAGUGGCCAAGCUUCCUAAGAACAAAAACCGAAACAGGUACAGAGAUGUCAGUCCCUUUGACCACAGUCGGAUUAAACUACAUCAAGAAGAUAACGACUAUAUCAAUGCUAGUUUGAUAAAAAUGGAAGAAGCCCAGAGGAGUUACAUUCUUACUCAGGGCCCUUUGCCUAAUACGUGCGGUCACUUCUGGGAGAUGGUGUGGGAGCAGAAGAGCAGAGGCGUUGUCAUGCUCAACAGAGUGAUGGAGAAGGGCUCGUUAAAAUGUGCACAGUACUGGCCACAAAAAGAAGAAAAAGAAAUGAUCUUUGAAGACACAAAUUUGAAAUUAACAUUGAUCUCUGAAGACAUUAAGUCAUAUUACACAGUACGACAGCUAGAGUUAGAAAACCUCACAUCUCAAGAAACUCGAGAGAUCUUACAUUUCCACUACACCACGUGGCCUGACUUUGGAGUCCCCGAAUCACCAGCCUCGUUCCUGAACUUUCUGUUCAAAGUCCGCGAGUCGGGGUCCCUCAGCCUGGAGCACGGCCCCAUCGUGGUGCACUGCAGCGCUGGCAUCGGCAGGUCGGGGACCUUCUGUCUGGCCGACACCUGCCUCUUGCUGAUGGACAAGAGGAAAGACCCUUCUUCUGUUGAUAUCAAGAAAGUUCUGUUAGAAAUGAGGAAGUUUCGGAUGGGACUGAUCCAGACAGCAGACCAGCUCCGCUUCUCCUACCUAGCUGUGAUCGAAGGUGCCAAGUUCAUCAUGGGAGACGCUUCAGUGCAGGAGCAGUGGAAGGAGCUCUCCCAUGAGGAUCUGGAGCCCCCACCUGAGCACGUCCCUCCACCUCCCCGGCCACCCAAACGAGUCCCGGAGCCACACAAUGGAAAGUGCAAGGAGUUCUUCCCGAACCACCAGUGGGUACAGGAUGGGACCGAGGAGGAGAAAGAUGGCCCCAUCAAGGAAGAAACUAGAACCCCCUUAAGUGUGCCCUGCAGCAUGGAAAGCACGAGUCAAGACACUGAAGUCAGAAGGCGGGUCGUGGGGGGAGGUCCUGCCCAGGGGGAGCCAUCGCCACCUGAGGAGCAGCAGGACCAGGCGCUGACUCACUGGAAGCCCUUCCUGGUCAACAUGUGCAUGGCCACAGUCCUCACAGCCGGCGCGUACCUCUGCUACAGGGUAUGUUUUCACUGACGGACGUGCUGGCAAGACCGUGUGUACAGAGAGCACUGGCCAACAGCCUGGCGUUAGCGUCCAGCGCUGUGCAAGGAUCUGAGCCAGUCUCAGAAGAAACAGAUCAAAGGUUUUUAAAGUCUGGAACUGUGAAGGGCUAAAGAGAGAAUUGAGGAUUGAUGCACUGGGGUUUUAAGGAGCCCUGUGGUCCCAAGAAUAUGAGAGUCUAAUCUCAGGGCCUUAACCUAUUCAGGAGUAAGUAGAGAAAAUGCCAAAUACGUCUCUCUCUCUCUUUUUUUUUUUGGUUCAUUUGUUUUUGAAAAAAAAAUAGUAGAAUUACAACACAUUGUUGUUUUUAACCUUUAUAAAAAGCAGCUUUUUGUUAUUUCUGGAAAAAAAGACUAGGCACUUAUGAAACUUUCCUGUACCCGUACCCUUAGGUGGUGUAAGCAGAUACACAGUUUCUAUUUGGUUUCCCAGGGAAAGACUCCACACAACGAAUGUAAACUCCUCUGGAGAAGAGGGUCUGAGGGUUAGGACGCCGUCUUGCUCGGUCCCUUCCUCUGCUGUGCGCACACUGAGCAUGGACGGUGCCCACAAGCUUUCCCGUUUUAAGAAGAAUAACAAAAAAGGCCAUCUCUACAAAACAAACCCGGCCUCUGCUUUUGCUCAGGGUGUCCCCGCUGGUUUUCAUCAUUCAUUUCUCCAUCCAUCCCUUCUUGUUACGGCCAUCUUGCUCAUGUUCUGCCCUCCUCGCUCCAUCCCCAAAAACGGGGUUCCUCGAGGCCCCUGCCUCAGGGUCAGAGGUCACCACAGGGUGGCCACCAGAUUUCACCCUGCUGUCGAGAUCCAGAAGGAGCAGUUUCCACCUCAUUUGGGAUAUAAAUACCAUUUCAGUAGAAGUCCACACAUUAGAAGUGUGUUGCUGUUAAAGUGAAGAGAAGAGAGAGGAUUAGCCUCAAAACUCUGGUCACGGAAAUCACCUCACAAGACUUUUUUUUUUAUGAUUUUAAAUAUUUUACCUCUUUCGAAGCGACCAUCUUUGAGUGCAUCAGAUGGUUUAGCAAUGAGCAAACAAUUUUUUCCUUAGAGGUGAAUUUUGGGAAGGGGGAGCUAUCGUAAAAAAAAAAAAAAAAAAAAUUAAAACCCCCUUCACUGGGGGCUGGAGUGGCCAGGGGUGGGGUGGCUGGGCUGGGACGUGAGGCUGUGGCUCUGCGGCGGUGGGUCCGGGCUCAUCUGAAAAUGUUUGGUUUCAUUCCAGUUCCUGUCCAACAGCAACACGUAAUCUGACCCACCUCCACCCCCCCGUCCGCCUCUGCUCGUGUAGCCCGAGCUCAACUAGCAGGCAGCCGUGGUAGGUAAGGGCCGACGGACAGCGUAGCCAGCCGUGACCCGGACGGACGUUUGUUCUGCACUAAAACUACCCUCCGCAGGCUGUUGGUCUCCUGCCUUAUCCUUUAAUUUUUUUCCCCCUUUCCUUCCUUUGAGUACCAAAUCCACACCCAUUUUUGGAGGAGAGCAGAGGAGAGCACUGUGCUGGUGGCACAGAGAGGUGGCCUGCGCACGUCAUGAGGUUCACCUCACCCGGUGCUCCUGCUCCGUGUGUCCCAGGCGGGCGGCACACGACGUCCUCCCCAUAGACCUCCACAGGGACUGCAUGUAGGAGCCUCUCCACUCGAUAUUUAUUUUUUUCCCCAAAGGCAUCCAUAGUGCACUAGCAUUUUCUUAAACCAAUAAUGUAUUAAAAUUUUUUGAUGUCAGCCUUGCAUCAAGGGCUUUAUCAAAAAAGUACAAUAAUGAACCCUCAGGUAGUGCUGGGGACAGAAGACUUUGGGGUGAGCCUGUGUGUCAGACCAGUACUAGAAAGGAGGACCGUUGUAAGCAGUCGUUAUUUGGUGACACUGUGGGUAACGUGAGAAGAGGUUCGGCAGAUGUUUAUAGAACAGUGGGGUAAUAUAUAAUGACCCCUUGGAUAUUUAAGAUACGUGAUGUGAAGAUUCCCCUCUCCUGGUCGUCCCCCUCCCUGGUUAUCUGCUAGACUCCUGUUGGCGGUCACCAGUCACCGCUCCCCCUGUGUGUAUUAGAAUGCAUGUACCGUCUUCCUGUGUCCAGAUCAGAUACCACGUGCUUGAAAUACUUAGAUCUCUGCCUACGUAUGUGCCCCCAUGUACAAGUCCAGUCUGCCUUUGCAUGAUCUGAUCAUUACAUGGCUGUGGUUCCUAAGACUGUUGCUGAAAUAAUCGGCAUUCAGCAAUGGAGUGAUGUUUUCCAGUAACAGAUAUUUGCCUAAUUCCUGGCAUGACACUCUGGUGACUUCCUGGUGAGGCCCAACCUGUCCUGGUCCAGCUGGGUCCCACUGUAACUCAGACAUUCCGAGGGUGUGGGAAGCCAUAGUCACACCUCACACUCUGGACAUUGAGCCAGGCAGGGUCUCCCCCCCAGCACCUUUGGGAUCAGCCUUCACUCUCCAAGUUCACAUUCUUCUUGAGCAGACCGUGAUUUGGAAUCAAGGCAACUGUUGGAAACCACACUUCUUGAAACAACCUGGGUGUUUCCCUUAGAGUCGGCCUGCUGCCGUCUAGGUCCGGGGGGCCCUUGCUGAGAGAGGCGUGUCUGCCCCUGCCCUUGACCCUGGGGACUGAUGGUGCUCACGACUCUUCCUGUGAGGGAAACUUCAGAUCUCCACAUUAAGUGGCUUUUUUAACAAGAAAAAAAGGCAGCUGUAGCUCAUGAGCUGCUCUUUUGCCAGCAUUUUCACAUUUUGCCUUUCACGUGUUAGAAGCCCGUGCAGAGAAAUUCUGUGGUGGGAACAUUUGCGGCAUCGCCCCGCAGAGCCUUGGUGAGGUGUGGAGAAGGCUGAGAUGCCAGGCUGUGAGCGUUUCUGAGUUGGGCUUAUUUGUUUGUUCCUGAAGUCCUGUAUAUGUAUGUAGUAGUUUGGGUGUAUAUAUAUAGUAGCAUUUCAAAAUGGAUAUACUGGUUUAGCCUCCUAUCCUUGGAAAACAGAUGGCUCUCCAUCUUGUUACAUGUAUGUUAGAGAAGUAGCGAGCUGCUCUGCUAUAUGCCUUAAGCCAUUAUUUACUCAUCAGGUCAUUAUUUUUUACAAUGGCCAUGGAAUAAACCAUUUUUACAAAAAUAAAAACAAACAAAAAAAGUGAGGUGUUUUGGUAUAAUACCUUUUCAGGUGUGUGUCUACGUGGAUGCAUGACAGGGUGGGGUGGGGGGCGUCUCAGGGUCUUCUGUGACCUCACAGAACUGUCAGACUGGACAGUUUUCCAACUUGCCAUAUAAAUGAUGGGUUUGCAUUUUAGUUGCAACAAUAAAAUUUUUUUUCUAAAGAAUGUG